AUGAGAAAUGCUAUAGAAAACAAUUUACAGUGCGCUGAUACGAUUGCUGUAGUUAAAAUGGAUCGUAAAAUGUUGGCACUUCCUGCAAAAAAAACACGUUCAAAAAUCGAAACGACCACGAUAAAGAUAAUGACCAAAACAUUCCUGAAGAAAAAUUUCGAUUUUCUUGGUACUGCGGACGGCAUUAAACAAUUUGGAAUGAAGAUUUCGUCAGAAAGAAUACGUGACACGAUGGUGGGAUAUGUGGUUCUUGUCUCUCUAUGCCUACCAUUUGCCACGACACAAGAUCUGACGGACGAACACUGCGAUACUUGCAGAAUAAAAAGGGCAACGAGGUCGCAAUUGGCAGAUAUCAAAGUCAGGUUAUACACAGGUGAAGAUCUCGACACGUACACAGAGGUGGUAGUCGGCGAUGCUACGGAGCUGCUCGACAAGAUGAACUUGAGCAAGCCAACCGUGCUGCUCAUCCAUGGUUUGUACGGAACUUUGAGCCGUCUAUACAACGAUAAGAUCAUCCUUGGUAUGUUUGAAGGAUAA